AUGUCAAGUGCAAACAACCUCGACCGAGCCAUUUCCAUGGUGCAGAAGGCCAUCGAUGAAGAUGUAAAGCAGAACUACACGGAAGCCUACAAACAAUACAUGAACUCUCUGGAUUACUUUAUGCUGGCACUGAAAUAUGAGAAGAACGAGAAAUCGAGGCUACUGAUUCAGACAAAGAUCAACGAGUAUCUGACGCGCACCGAAGUGCUGAAAGAACAUAUCUCAUCGCAAGGGGAGAAGCGCUCGAGGAGCGCGGUGGGCGUAAACGGGAGCGGUGGUAGCACCGGUGGCGGCGGAACCAAGAAGGACGACGACGAUGGGCAGGACCCAGAGAUGAAGAAGCUGCGGGCGGGGCUAUCCAGCGCCAUAUUAUCCGAGAAGCCGAAUGUGAAAUGGGAGGACGUUGCGGGCUUGGAAGCCGCGAAGGAUGCGCUGAAAGAAGCGGUCAUUCUGCCUAUCAAGUUCCCCCAUCUCUUUACCGGCAAGCGCACACCGUGGAAGGGAAUCCUGCUCUAUGGCCCUCCGGGCACGGGGAAAUCGUUUCUCGCGAAAGCGGUGGCUACGGAAGCGAACGGCACGUUCUUCAGUGUCAGUUCCUCGGACCUGGUGAGCAAGUGGCAGGGUGACUCGGAACGGCUGGUCAAACAACUCUUCGAGAUGGCGCGCGAGAAUAAGCCGGCUAUCAUCUUCGUUGAUGAAGUCGACUCACUGACUGGCACGCGGAAUGAGUCUGAAUCUGAGGGCUCGCGACGUAUAAAGACGGAGUUCCUCGUGCAGAUGAACGGGGUGGGCCACGAUGACACUGGUGUGCUGGUGUUGGGCGCGACGAAUAUCCCGUGGCAGCUAGAUAACGCUAUCAAACGAAGAUUCGAGAAACGUAUAUAUAUCCCUCUGCCCGGGCCUGAAGCAAGAAGACGGAUGUUCGAGCUACACGUUGGCUCAACGCCCUGCGAGCUGACCAAGGCAGAAUAUCGGAUCCUUGGAGAUAAAACAGAAGGCUACUCCGGCUCUGACAUCUCCGUCGUCGUUCGGGAUGCUCUCAUGCAACCGGUCCGCAAGGUCAUCUCGGCAACACACUUCAAGCGCAUCCCGUGGCCAGACGCGCCCGAGAUGAUCAAAUGGACACCGUGUUCCCCAGGCGAUCCUGACGCCGUAGAAAAGUCGUGGACGGACGUGGCCUCAGAUGAGCUAGUCGAGCCGCCGUUGCGGUUGCCUGAUUUCCUGAAAUCACUGGCCAGCGUGCGACCGACGGUCACUGAGGCGGAUAUCAAGAAGCAUCAGGAGUGGACUGCGGAGAGCGGCAAUGAAGGCGCUUGA